UCGCGAUUGGUAACAUCCCGUUGUAUAAAUACACGACGAAUCUCACCCUAAGCCAUCAGUCUUCUGGUGAUUCCAGCAUAAACAUGGCUUGCAAGUUGAUCGUAAUUUUGGCAGUUGUUUUAACAGCAAAUGCUGCUGUUGUCCCUGUAGCUCCUGCUGCUCAAUUACUACAGCCAGCAUCUGUAGCUGUACCAGCUAGAUUUGAGGAUUAUGAUGCGGUACCACAAUACAGUUUUGCUUACGACGUCCAGGAUGCACUGACUGGCGACUCAAAAGCUCAAUAUGAAACCCGUAAUGGCGACAUAGUCCAAGGGAGCUACAGUCUGAUUGAGGCUGAUGGAACCCGAAGGAUUGUUGACUACACUGCGGAUCCAGUUAAUGGAUUCAAUGCAGUUGUAAGUCGGGAACCAGCAACAUUUACCCUACCAGCAGUUCCAGCUGUCGAAAUCGCUCCAGCGGUACCAGUUACUCCUGUCGCAGCACCAGUAGCACCGGUAUCUCCCUUUGGAUUCGGCCCGGGUCAAGUUAUUCCCGGCGGACCCGGACCAACUCCAGCUCCAGCUGUUCCUGAAAGUGGACCAGAUUCGGAUGUCGAAGUUAUUGACGCACGAUCGGGGCCAUUGAGAGCUCAAGCACGAGAGCAAUCGCAAAAUGAUGAGUCCGGUCAACAAAGAUUUUCUAGCCGCAGAAUUGCUUCUGCUGACGCUAGACAAAACUCAGCUCCGUUGAGAGCUCAGGCAACUCGAUUUUCACCAGAAGAACAGCGAGCUGCUCCUGAGACUAAUGCACGCAAUGCUGCUCCAGCCCCAGCUCCAGCUCCAGCUCCCGUCCAAGCUCGAGCACAAGUAGCAGCUCUGACUUAUCCCGCUUACUCAGCUUACGCUGGUGCCUACUCAUCACCAUUCGCAUUCACUGCUCCAGUUGCUGGUCUUACAUACACAAACUUACAACCGCACGUGGGAAACUUCUCGCAACAACUGGAGCUGCAUAUGGAGCAGCAACAAAUGGAGCCGCGUAAGGCGAAGCGACAACUGGAGCUCUGUAUUGCGCUGCAACAACUGGAGCUGCAUAUGGAGAAGCGACAACUGGCGCAGCGACUGGAGCCGCAUAUGGAGAAGCAACAACUGGUGCAGCGACUGGAGCCACAGUACCUCAACAAAACAGUUGUCAGCCGCUUUUUGUCCCAUCAUAUUUAUAUGAAAAUGUUUUCCAAGAUUAUUGCCUUCGUAAGUAUCAUCAGCAUCUCAAGAGCAGCAGUGGUACCAGCAGCAGUGCCAGUGCUGGCUAAAUUAGAUGACUACGACCCUUAUCCACAAUACACAUUCGCUUACGAUGUGCAAGACGCCUUGACCGGUGAUUCAAAGGCUCACUUUGAAACGCGUAAUGGUGAUAUAGUACAGGGAAGUUACAGUCUAAUUGAAGCUGAUGGAACCCGAAGGAUUGUUGACUACACUGCUGAUCCAGUUAAUGGAUUUAAUGCAGUCGUAAAUCGUGAGCCAGCAGUUGCUGUUGCUCCUGUUGUUACUAAAACUAUUCCAGCAGCUCCAGUCGUAUCAGCAGCUCCAGUUUCUGCACCAAUUGUGGCUUCUCCAUAUGCAGCUCCAGUCUCUGCACCAAUUGUUGCUUCUUCAUAUGCAGCUCCAGUCUCUGCACCAAUUGUUGCUUCUCCAUAUGCAGCUCCAGUUGCUGCGCGAUUUGUUGCUACUCAAUAUGCAGCUCCAAUUAUUGCAAGAAAUUUUUUACCGAAAAUUUCUCCGCUAAUAACAGCAAGAGCAAGUCCAUUAGUAUCAGCGCCUAUUGUCGUAAGACAGCCUCAAAUUAUUAAGCCCGCUAGAAUUGUGGGAUCACCUGUUGCAGCAAAACAAACCUCAAGACCUGCUAAAUAUUCAAAAGUUAACAAUAAUAAGGUCGCACAGUUGUCCGCGCCGUUAACUUCUGCGGCAGCUGGUUACGUCUAUUAAAAAAAUUAUCAUGACAAAUUAAUUAAUUGACAAAUCGAUUUAUAAUUAAUUGUUGUAUGCAAAAUAAAUUAGCAAAUUAUAUGCAAUCUACCUCAAUAAAAAAAAUAAAACUAGUUAAUUAAUAAAUAAAAAUGGUGUGUAAUUGAAAUGUAUGUAAAAAAGUUUACGUAUAACUAGACAAUUAUGCUCGUGUUUUUUUAUUAUGCAAGAAACGACUUUGCGGGAUAUGUUUACGAAAGAACAAUGAGCUGGACAUCGCGUAACCGAACCGACCUUCGAAUACGAAUCCUGCAUGACAAUUAACUUGAUAUAAAACAAGUUUAUCACCAUUUAAAUAUUUUAAUACUCAAAUAUAUCCAUAUAUAUUUUAACAUACAUGUACCAUAUUACCCCACUAUAUCCUGUGGAAAAAUUAGUCCACUUAAUCUCACUACAAUAAUAACACAUUUUUAUUAUUAUUGUUUAUUUAAUUAAUUAAUUUAUUUAAAUUACAAAAUAUAUUUAAUUCAGUCGCCACAAAUAUUAUUUAUAUUCAACAAGUGUACGGGAAAUUCUAUGAAGGUCCGAGAAAGCUUUUACCAUCUCCUUUUUUCUUCGAACUC